AUGUCAGUCUAUUCUACACAGCCGCGACAGCUGGAGCGGCGACGGCAUCUUCACGGUUACACAAAAAUUACGACAACAGUUAUCUCAUUGAUGAUAGCCCUAAUUGUGAUGGCGACACCGACGCGUGCCCAAGUAAUGGAAUUGGAUGCACUCGUUUACGAAUCAAGUUUCUACCAAGAGCUAGCUGCAAGGGGUGAAAUACAUAUCGACCAUCGAGAUCCACCGCCUCGCCGGAAUGUUUAUCUGGAAGGGAGACAAGACGGGGACGGUGUCGUGCCGACAACAGUGGCUGGGUCUACCUCUGCCUCAACAUCUUCAUCCUCGUCCUCAGAACCUACCGUCACUCCUUCCGCCGACCUAACUUCAGCGAUUACCACAGAAACCAAAACUCCUCUGUCGACACCGGCCCUGUCGACGCUCACCGCACCCAGUGUAACGGUCGUCACCACACCAUUACCUACACCCUUCGAUACGUCGCUCGGCAGCAACUUCACCAGCUCGUCCUGCCCUGAGUUCUUCUCCAGCUUCCUCAAUAACUCGACCUUCCAAUCGUGUGUGCCUAUCUCGCUCCUCUUACAAAACUCCAAUUCGUUCUUUCGCGCUCAACGGUCGUUCACGCUUCUUACGCAAACUCUCGACGCAGCGUGCAAUGCCCCCUUGGCGAUUUGUUCGCCCUUGCUGGGCAACCUUGCCUCACAGUUGAUCGACAAUGCAAAUUGUGGGCAAGACUACAAGAAACAAAAUCCGCUCGUGUCACAAGCCUAUGCGGGAUUCCUUGCCUAUGAACCGAUUUACCGUGCGACAUGCCUGAGAGACCAAGGCACCGGGAACUACUGUUUCAGCGAAGCAAUCACGAACUCGUCCAAUGCGGCCGAUUCCUACCCUUACUACACUGCCCUCGGGUUGUCAAUGCCGCAAACGGCGCGACCCACCUGUAGCCAGUGUCUCAAGGAGACCCUACAGAUCUUUGCUGGCUAUGCAGAGAACGCGGCGCAGCCACUGGCCAAGACGUAUUUGCCCUGCGCGAACCAGGUAGAUCAGAGCUGUGGAAGCGGGUUUGUGAAUACGCAAGUCAAGGCUGGCAGUGUGACGAGUACGAAUGCCGCGAUUGAGGAGAGGAAGCCAAGUCUGCGCUCAUUGCUCUUCGUUACAACACUGCUGGCGGCACUUUUCACUGGCGUGGUGAGUUGA